UCUCUCUCUCUCUCUCUCUCUCUCUCUCUCUCUCUCUCUCAUUUCCUCUUUCUCUGCAGUCUGCACAUUUAUUGAAGUUGAUAUUAGGUGAAUGAUUUUAUCAUCAUUAAUGGCUUCGUUUUGGUCAUUCUUGACAAUGUUUAUUAUUUUCAUGGCAUAUUUUGCUUCACUAGCUUUUACAAGUCAUGUAGUACAUGUACAAUUUUCUACUAUAUCAGCAGCACCAGCAUUUUUACCUGAAGCUCCUCUUUCUUCCCCACCAACUUCAAGUUUGUCACCAGACAUUGAGCCUGUUUUCCCUACAACGGGAGUGGCAGUGCCUUCUCCAGCUGAAUCAUCACUACCCACUAUUCCUUCAAGCCCAAGCCCUCCAAAUCCAGAUGUUAUUCAUCCAGCGCCAGGUCCUUCAAUGGCAUUUUCGCCGUCUGGGUCUUUACCAGCUUCUUCUGCUACUUCUGUAAACCAAGCUGCUGUUUAUUUUCUUGGUUUGCUGUUGGUGGUGUUUUCUUUGAUGCAGCUUUCUGCUUUUUAAGGUACUAUUACUAUUGUUGGACGCUCCAUUCUUGAUUGUUGCUAGUGGUUUCACUUUCUUUUUUCUUUUUUUUCCUGUUUUUGAUGUCUUUUUCUAGUAUAUAAUAGUGUGACAUAUUGUGGGGUUAGGUGAAAUUGAAAGCGUGCCAUUGUUGUGAGUUUGUGACAGGAUAGUGUCUUCACAAACAAUAAAUAAAUAAAGUUGUAGUCUCGAUUCAAUUUCUUUUUUUAUA